UGAGCUACAGCUGGCUUCCUGUGGUCAUUGGGUUUCCCCUAACAUGAACCCUCUUACUCAAGACAUGUACUUUUAUUUGUAUUAAUCUCCACACCCAGUCCUCAAAGCAAAGAGGGAAGCCCCGGAGUCGACAGUAGAUCAGGCAAGCUGCAAAAUGAAUGGACACUGGUAACCUUUUCGGAGUGGAGUUACUGUUGUCGCCUUAAAAAAAAAGAGAUCAGCAGUUAAAGGUCAGUAUGUAAAUUUAUUAAAACAUCCUAAAAGCAAAACGUGUAUAAUUUCCAAAGUUCCAUCUGGAGAUCACAGAGUUUGACAAAAACAUUUACAUUUCAGCAGUUGGAUUCCUGAAUUUUUAUAAAAUGUAAAAAAUGAAGAUUUCAUUUGUGAAUUAUAUUUUGUUUUGUAACACAACGACUGCAGCUUCCUGUGGAACGUGUGUUUAGAGAUUAGAUGAGUUUGAUGGUGUUUAAAAAAGUUUGCACUUGUGUGCGUGCUCUUCAGUCUUUUCCACUUCUUAGUCAUUGUGUGAAACAGAACUAUUACAUAAGUUUUAAUAACUGACCAGAUUUAUUCAACAUGUGUUGUGCUCCUUCAUAAGAUCAAAGCAUUCUCUGGUUUAUUUGGACAGCCAGAGAACAUGCAACGAGGUGCUGGCUGGUUUUAAGAAACAUGGGAUGUUUUUAAUUUGAGCAUUUCAGCAAGUUCUGAUGAGACCUUAAAAAAUAAAGAAAGAAAAUGCAUCUGCUUUCCCCUUUUUUCUUGGACUUAUUGGAGCUGAAAAUGGCAAAAAAAAGCACAACAUGCAAUAAAUUGAAUAUAAUCUGUCUUUCAGCACACUUAAUAAAACCCUAAUAUCUGCGAAGAGGCAGCUCAUGGCCUUUCACCCCUCUUAUUAUGAUUACCACUUUCCACCCACAUUCCAGAAACAUCUUGUUUUGAGAUACUGUCACAGAUGAGAAAAUGUAUUGUGCAAUAUUUCGCAGCAUUGACACACAUUCACACCUCAAACACCUUAAUUCAACAUAUCCUGUUUCCUGCCUCUUUUUGUCCGUUGAAAAGUUGUGUCAGUUUCACAGUUGUCGAAGCCAAACUGAUAUUUCUUCAGAGGCUUUCCUGAUGGCAUCCAAUAUCACCAUCUCCGCCCAGUCGGCCUCCCCUCCUCUGUCCAUCGGUGCCCAGGUCGGCAUCGCCAUCCUGACCCUGGCGUUUGUGCUGGGCUUCCCCGGGAACCUGUUUGUGGUGUGGUCGGUGCUCUGCUGGGUGAAGAAGCGCUCGGUGACCUGCUUGUUGGUGCUGAAUCUGGCUCUGGCGGACGCCUCCGUGCUGCUCAGCGCCCCCCUGUUCCUGCGCUACCUGGCUGGAGGACGCGGCUGGGAGUUUGGCUCGGCGGCGUGCAAGCUGGUGCAUUACCUGUCAAGUGUGAACAUGUACGUGUCCAUCUACCUCAUCUGCCUGAUGAGCAUGGACCGCUGGCUGGCCGUGACCAAGCCCUUCCUGUCGCAGAGAAUGAGAACCAAGCACUCCCUGCUGGCUCUGCUGCUGGUGGUCUGGGUGCUGGCGUUCCUCCUGUCACUGCCGAUGCCUUUCUAUCGCAGUAAUCUGAGAAAGCCAAACAACCUCACGUAUUGUAUGCCGUACCAUUGGGACAGCGUGGGCCACCGGGUCUUCCAGUACCUCUUUGAGACCAUCAUGGGCUGCCUGUUGCCUUUCUCCCUCAUCAACACCUGCUACUCCUCCGUCAUCUGCCGUCUGAAAAGCGCCAAGUUCCAGCGCAGAGCACAAGGCAGCCGCCUCAUCCUGCUGAUCAUCUGUGCCUUCACAGUAUUCUGGCUGCCCUAUCACAUCGUCAACAUCAUAGAGGUGGUGGGUCUGUUGCAGGGCAGCCAGUCAGUGAUCACUGCGGCCCUUAAAGCCCGUCCCAACGUCACGGCCUUUGCGUACUUCAGCAGCUCUGUCAACCCCAUUCUCUACGUGUUCGCUGGCAGCUCCCACAUCCGCCAGGCCGGCCUCAGCUUCAUGGGCAAGCUCUUCGAGGACACCAACUCGGAGAGCCGGAGCACGUCCAUCUUCACCCGCAGCAGCCGCUCCACGGCGGACGAGAGCUCCGUCCUGAACACGCUGUCGACCAAACUGGGGAGGCCAUUCAAAGGCAAGAGCAAGAACCGGAGCAGCAGUGUGGCGGGCAAAGAGGGCGACGAGCCUGAACUCAAGACUCUGACCGGUGUUCAGCAGAAAGAGUAGCGCUUAAGCUCCAAACUCAAGCUGUCUUCCCUGGACUAUUUUUCUUAAUUAAAUGAUUCAACACAGACUCAUGGUCCCUGGAGGAUGAAUCAUAAUGACUUCACCACCAGAGGGUCAAAGUUUUCACUUAUCCAAUGACGUAUAAAAAAAAAAAAAACAUCUAUUAAAUAGAUCUGGCACUUAUUUUGUACACGCAUUCAUGUUCCCCAGAGGAUGAAUCCCAAAGGCUUCGGUGAUCCAGACUUUUGCCGGAGCGCCACCACGAGGUUGCCAUUUGUGGUUUUUGAGUGAAAUGCCUCGGCAACUAUCGGAUUGAUUGGCGUGAAAUUUGGUGUACACAUUAAUGUUCAUGACCAAAUACCUGUAGCGCAUUUAGCGACGUUCCCAUCAGCCUCAGCUGUACUUUGUGUCUAGUGGUAAUAAUCGAGCAUGCUAACACGCUAAAGUAAGAUGGUGCAUUUAGCUCAAAGCACCACUAUUCCUAAGUAUAUAGCCUCACAGAGCUAGCAUGCCAUUGGAGAAGAAAGGACUGUUCACAAAUAAAACCGUCACCCAGAAAACAUUCUUACUUGUGUUUGCUUGUUUUUCUAUUCAAAGCAGUGUACCAAUCAUCUGUUUGUAUAUUUUAUGUCUCUUUUGUAUUAAAAAGCAUGCCAAUUAAUUACAUAAUGAUAACCUAUAUUUGGAUAUGUAAAUUAUCAAAUAGAUUCUAGACGUGUUUUUACAUUUCAAAAACAAAAGACAUCAUUUGUUAACUUAAUAAAGCUUUCUAAAUAUUGAA